AUGGUGAUAAAAUCCAAACUGUUCAAUGUAAUGUUGGAGUUAUUUGUUCAAGUAUGGAUAUUUUUUUUAUAUACUGUAAGAGGAACUUGGGAUGCUUGGAGUGAUUAUUCUACAUGCAGUGCAAGUUGUGAUGCUGGUGUUAUUCAAAGAUCACAAGUAUGCUCAGUUCCCUACCCAAUAGGGGCUGGUGAUAAUUGUACUGGCAACACUACGCAAACUCUUCCUUGUAAACUGUUUGAUUUUCCAAAAUCAUGUGCUAUUGCAAAACGCUGCAAUUGUUCUCAAAUUAAACAAUGGUCUUCUGUUUCUACGUUUGACCAAUUUCAAUCAAGAGGUUUAACUCUUGGAACUAUAGAAACUUUGCUUGGAUAUUUAAGUUCAUAUGGAGAUGAUACUGUUGAUAAAGCAUGUCAAGCUUGCAACACUAUAAUGUUAACCACAUUGAGAUCGAAUGUUGCUGAUCAGUUAAGUCAAGCUAAAGCUGCAAGAGCAAAACUUGAAUUAAUUAAAAACAAAAAUUUACGUGAUGUCAUCUACUGUAAUGGGGUAAUUUUGAAUGCAGGUUUAUGGAAACUCUACGAUUUAUUGUUUGAGCGCACAACCAUGUUAGACGGUGUUAUUAUAGAGUUAAACGCUAUUUACUUACGUUUUGAUGCUGCGUUGACUUCUUGUCAAUCGUGCGGUUGGAUACAUCAAACCUUUAAAACAAUUUUACGCAAAUGUACCUUUUAA